AUGUACUCGCGGCCGGCACACGCAGGCUACGCACCACAUCCGCAGCAAAUGCAACAACAACAGCAGCAGCAGCAGCAGCAGCAGCAGCAGCAACAACAGCCCUACAAGGGCACCUUGGCGCCAGGCACCCGCGUCAAGGUGGGCAACAUCACCGUCACCGUCAAGCGCUACCUCUCCGAAGGCGGCUUUGCACACGUCUACCUCGUCACCACCGCACAGCCCAUCCCCAUGCCGUCGUCCGUCACCGGCGCCGUGGGCGCUUCCAUGGCAUCCAGCGCCGCUGCCGAGCGUGGCGAGACGGUGCAUGUGCUCAAACGCAUGGCGGUGCCAGACAAGGCUGCGCUCGCCGACGUGCGACGCGAGGUCGAGGUGCACAAGCUGCUGCGCAACCAGCCCAACAUCGUCCACUUUAUCGAGGCCUCGGCAACCGCGCUCCCCAGCGGCGGAUACGAGAUCUUCAUCCUCAUGGAGUACUGCUCCGGCGGCGGCAUCAUCAGCCUCAUGAACGCACGCCUCCGCGACCGCCUGCGCGAGCAAGAGGUGCUCAAGAUCUUUGGCGACGUCUGCGCAGGCCUCGCCGUCAUGCACCACCUCGACCCGCCGCUCAUGCACCGCGACCUCAAGGUGGAAAACAUCCUCAUGGCGCCCUCCACCGACCCAAGCACGGUCCCCGGCUCCCGAUCCACCUCGUCCAACCUCAAGGCCACCUUUAAGCUCUGCGACUUUGGCUCCGCCGCGCCCGUGCUCUCGCGCAGCCCCGCCAAGAGCAUCGACGAGGUCAAACGCGUAGAGGCCGACCUCAACAAGCACACCACCCUCCAGUACCGAGCGCCCGAGAUGGUCGACGUCUACCAGCGUCGCGUCAUCGACGAAAAGGCCGACAUCUGGGCGCUCGGCGUGCUCCUCUACAAGCUCUGCUACUACACCACCCCCUUUGAAGAGAACGGCGGAGGCCCACUCGCCAUCCUCAACGUACAGUACCGCAUCCCGCCCCAGCCCGUCUACUCGGAACGCCUCAAGGCGCUCAUCCACUCCAUGCUCAAGGAACACAGCACCGACCGUCCCACCAUCGACCAGGUCAUCGUCAACGUACACGCCAUCCUCGGCACCCGCCCUCCCUCUUCUGCGGUGCACUAUGCGACCGCAGCGGCGAGCGGCAAGAUUGCCGGGCCUUUGCCUGUGCUGGUCAGCAGCAGCAGCAAGGCGCUCGACUCGUCGACGCCCGCAUCCAAGACGGGCGUGAGCGGCGGCGUGGAUGCCAACCUCAUCUCCAUGGGUCCUACGCAGCAGGAGCUCGAGCGCGCCGAAGCACGCGAGCUCGAGCUGCAGAAGCAGAGCAUCACGCCCAUGCGACGCGGUCGUCCGCACAAGCCCACCGCUAGCACCGAUGCGGCGCCGAGCCAAAAGCCCGACGACGAUGUGGUCAAGAGCAAAUCGCCCGAGCCCAUCGCCAAGGACGCUGCGCCCAACGGCAGCGCAAAGUGGAGCGUCCCCGAGCCCAAGGCGCAGCCGCCCAAAGUCGGACCUCUGAUCGAGGGCUUUGGCGAUUCUU